CAAAUUUUCUUUCCCCUUGAAAAAAGAAGAAAGAAUUUAGAUUCACACAUCACCCAUCUUUCCAACGAAUUAGGAAAUCUAGGACUGGACUUCUCCAAUACUGAAUACUGAGUAUGAAGAAACGAUGCUUUUAAAUAAUUUUCUGUAAUCAGCCGAAGGAAGAUCGAGGUGAAAUCCUUCUAUUCUAGUCUACGAAAAGAGAGGCUAUAUAAAGGAUAGAUACUAUCUUCGGAAUCGGAAAUGGAUGUAUCAUAGUACUGUUUAUUCUUGUAUCACAUAGUUUGCUUGGAGAAUCUUGAUUUUCUGAGUUAGGGUCAUGGCUCAUAGACUAUUAAGAGAUGCAGAAGCUGAUGGAUGGGAACGAUCUGACUUUCCAAUUAUAUGCGAGUCGUGCCUUGGUGAUAGUCCAUACGUUCGAAUGACUAAAGCUGAUUAUGACAAGGAAUGCAAGAUUUGCACUCGCCCCUUUACUGUGUUUAGGUGGAGGCCUGGCCGUGAUGCAAGAUACAAAAAAACAGAGAUAUGCCAAACUUGCAGCAAGUUGAAGAAUGUUUGCCAAGUUUGCCUUUUGGAUCUUGAAUAUGGAUUGCCAGUUCAGGUCCGAGACACCGCACUUAGUAUCGAUUCCAAUGAUGCCAUUCCAAAGAGUGAUGUGAACAGAGAAUACUUCGCUGAGGAGCAUGACCGCAGGGCAAGAGCUGGGAUAGAUUAUGAGUCAUCUUAUGGGAAAGUCCGUCCAAAUGAUACUAUAUUGAAGCUUCAACGAACAACCCCAUACUAUAAGAGAAACAGAGCACAUGUUUGCAGUUUUUAUACUCGGGGUGAAUGUACAAGAGGUUCGGAAUGCCCAUACAGGCAUGAGAUGCCUGAAACUGGGGAGCUGUCUCAGCAGAAUAUUAAAGACCGUUACUAUGGAGUAAAUGAUCCUGUGGCAAUGAAACUGCUGGGUAAGGCAGGUGAAAUGCCUUCAUUGGAGCCUCCAGAUGACGAGAGCAUUAUGACACUAUAUGUGGGUGGGGUUGACGCAAGAAUUACCGAGCAGGACCUUAGGGAUCAGUUUUACGCACAUGGUGAAAUUGAGUCUGUAAAAAUGGUGUCGCAGCGCGGAUUUGCUUUCAUAACAUAUACCACAAGAGAAGGUGCGGAGAGGGCGGCUGAGGAACUUGCAAACAAGCUGGUCAUUAAGGGACUUAGGCUCAGACUACUGUGGGGUAGACCGCAGGCACCAAAACCCCCCGAGUCUGAGAUGACUGCUGACGACGCGAGACAUCAAGCCGCCACCGUGGCUCAUAGCGGGUUGUUGCCUAGGGCUCUCAUAUCACAACAGCAGCAGCAGAUCGGUGGGCAGGACCCACCCACGCCCAUGCCUUACUUUAACAUUCCACCGAUGCCACCUCAGCCAGACAGGGCGGGUGCAUUGUAUCCUUCUAUGGACCCUCAAAGGAUGGGAGCUCUUUCUUCGGCUUCAGGGUCAGGUGAAAAUAGAAGUGGUGGUCCUGAUAAACCACCACCACAAGGAGGAGGUGGAUACCCGUUUGCUUAUCCUCCUCUCGUGCCACCACCUCAUGGUCAAUUUUACCCUCCUUAUUAUCCUCCUCAACAAUAUGGAGGGUAUAUAAUACCUCCCCCUUCUCCACAGUCUUAUCAGCAGUACCCUCCUCCUCAUCAUCAUCAAGCUACAAUGGCACCUCCUCCACCUCCCAGUGGCGGGCAAGCACCACAUCAGCAACAGUCACAGCCAGGACCAGGGCAACACCGAACGCUUAUGCAACAAGAACCUGGGCAGCAGUCUUGAUCUUGGGAUUAUUGUUAUGUUUGUGUGAGGGAAUCUGUAACAGAAAAUGCUAUAACUCUUUUCAAAAGACAAUUGUCAUCUUUCUACAUGGUACAAUUAAAUUUUUCCCAGUGAACUCAGAUUUGAGAUGAUUCUAUAAGAUGCUUCAGAUUGUGCAGAUGAAAUAUUUCUUCAAACUGUGGGGAGUGGUGUGCAAGCUUUUUCUUAAUCUCUAAGGGCC